UAUCCGAUCGCUCCACGUCACCCUUCUAUCAACAAUCCGACAAGGAGGACGUAGAGCGGUCAGCUCAGCAUGGUAUACAUAAAGUAGACAAUACAUCUAUAUAUUUUUUGUUGUUGGUCUUCUGUGUGCGCCAGAAUGGAAGCGGAUGAAGAAACAACAGAGAUAAAAACAGAGACGACCGUCGAAAACCAGGAUCUAAGUUUCCUACAGCAAACUGUGGGAGUGUUUGUGGCUGAAUAUGGCUGGUGCCUGCUCCUCCUCUGUGUGGGAGUUUACUUGCUCAUCCAACACCUCAGCAAACGGAGAUCCAGUCAAGAAGCUCACUGGUCUGGCCAGGGAACUGAUGAAGCGGAUACUGUAGCGGUGGUGAAACGCCAGGAAGCCUUAGAAGCGUCUCGGAGACGGAUGCAGGAGGAGCUGAAUGCUAAAGCAAUGCAGUAUAAGGAGAAGCAACAGACAUUGCAGGAGGAGAAGAGGAAGCAGAAGAUUGAGAUGUGGGAGAGUAUGCAGCAGGGAAAAAGUUACCAGGGAAACGCGAAGGUUUUAAACAGUACAGAAGAGGCCAGUACAUCCACCGUGGUGAAACCCAAGUCUGAUAAAAAGCCUCUUAGGAACAGUGGGUUCAAUCCUCUGACAGGGGAAGGAGGAGGAGCCUGUGUGUGGCGACCAGGCAGAAGAGGGCCCUCUGCUGGUGGAUGAGGCUAAAGACCGUCGGAGUGAUGCUGCCUCAGUGACACUCUGACUCCACUCUAGGGCAUACACAGACCGUCUGACUGGAGCUGCCAGCUCUCAUUGUCUUUUUGUGUUAUAUAAACCCCGACCCUAACGCCACAAAAAUGGGUUAACUAUCUACACUGAUUGAAUGGCAAAUGUAAUAGGUAUUUAAUUCUCACUUUUUGAAAAAGUAUAUAUGAAAAAUGCAAUGGGCUGCUUUGUGGGAGUGCAUUACAUUACAUUACAGGCAUUUGGCAGACGCUCUUAUCCAGAGCGACGUACAACAAAGUGCUUUUGCACCACAAGCAUGGGUUUAGCCACUUUCCACCAUGACGGCAGGUUGAGACCAUUAGAUGAGUGAUUUAGAUUAAUAAUUUGACUCUUGACUGAGCCAACUGACCUGGGCUCCACAGGAGAGGAGGGACCCUGUUGGCUUCAUCCUUCCAUAGUAGGGUACGCUUGAAGACCAGAUUUCCUGUGGUUACCGCUCCACCAGUACUCCUGGGCUACUUGCCUGGUAUUGACAGGGAACCAGUUGUUGGCAAAAGGUGUUCCCCACUGAUUGUCAGUAGCCCCCCUGUGGACUGCCAAGCAGGUUGUUCUGUGUAUAACUGGUCACUGGUUCAUGCUUUUUUCAGCUGCUGUGCACUUUGGUAUGUGCUGUGGUUAGAAUAAGUAGUGACAAACAUGUGGUCAUAAUGACCAAUCCAAAAAUGGGGUGGGGUUUAAAAAGGCCAAUGAGACUGCCGGCUUACAAUGAAGCCUCCCCUGUAAAGGGCAUGUUGGUCUGUAGGGGUGGCUGAUGUGGUUCAGAGGCUUGUAUGUUCUGAGUUUUUUUUUUUUUUUUUCUUAAUAUUUACAGUAGAAUUUAUAAAGCUUGUCUAAUUGUGAGAUUAAAGAAGGAUGGCUACUGCAGUGCACAAUGACCCUGUAACUAGUGAAUACUCUAAAUCUGAGAAUUGCAUGCAUCUGUGUUAAGUGAUGCAACACCCUCAGAGGAACUAUAGUCACUAAACUUGUGAGGGUAUACUCUUUGCUCUGAUCCAGACAGUUGUGUACUAACUUAUCAGGCUUUAGUCAACACUUUCAUGCUUUUCAGCUGUUCUGAAAAAAAUAAAUCAAAACUUGUAAUAAAAAGGCAAGUUGGUAUGCA